GGGCCAGGGUGAUGUUUUGGCAUGCAGGUUAUCAUGGAGAUCUGUGAUUCAGCUGGCAUUGAUUUGGCAUUUGCUAAGUGCAGAGCCCAAGCUGGAUGCCCGAGGGAGAAAGGCAGGAAAAUCCAGGCGGCCACCCCACCCUCCAAGUGCAUUGCCAAUCUCGGGAGGCGAGACUGGGCUCCACAAGCCAGUCAAGGGCUUAUGUGAGUCAGAGGCUCUGAGUUCAAGUCUCAGCUAGCUCUGUGGAUCUGACCUCGAGCCAGCUUUGCCAUUAUGGGCCACGGGAAAAGCAAAGGAUCACAGACGGAAUGUUGCUCUUGUUGCCGAGGCUGGAGUGCCGUGAUGUGAUCUUGGCUCACCUCAACCUCUGCCUCCCAGGUUCAAGCCAUUCUCCUGCCGCAGCUUCCUGGGUAGCUGGGAUUACAGGCGCGCACCACCACGUCCAGCUAAGUUUUGUAUUUUUAGUAGAGACGGGGUUUCUCUAUGUUGGCCAGGCUGGUCUCAAACUCCUGACCUCAGGUGAGCCACCCACUUCAGCCUCCCAAAGUGCUGGGAUUACCAGCAUGAGCCACCGCGCCCAACUGUGUUCUUGAACUUUCCAUACACAGACUCACUUGGGUCCCUGUAUGCCUAGCUUCUGCCCCGCAUCAGUUGGGGGCCUCCAUCCAUGUGGUUGGGUGUGAUCACCUAUCCUCUUCAGCUGCUAAUGUUUGGACCCCGGAUUUCCUCCUCUGUCCCGGGCCUGUCGUCACCACCCGUUCUGUCUUCCUUCCAGGUCUCCACCCCUGGGCAGGAGAGGAGCCGACCACCUCGGGGGUGCUUUCUCUGCACUUGAACAUCUAUAGCUGCUUCUGAGGGGCUGGGAGCUGGGCCCCGGGGAGAGACGAGCCAUGGACCCCCCACAGCCUCAGCAUUCGGGGACCUCACCUUAGGAGAGUGCCAUUUACAGCUUCCGCCAGGGCAAAGGAGCUGAGCAGCCAUCCCAAGCCCAGCCCACCUCCCUCCCCCGGCCCCUGGUGGGCAUGGACUAGCAGCUGUGAGCAGCCAGAGCUGAUGCCCGGCCCCCAGGGGGGUGGAGGCGCCCCCACCAUGAGCCUGGGCAAGCUCUCGCCUGUGGGCUGGGUGUCCAGUUCACAGGGAAAGAGGCGGCUGACUGCAGACAUGAUCAGCCCCCCACUCGGGGACUUCCGCCACACCAUGCAUGUGGGCCGCGGCGGGGACGUCUUCGGGGACACCUCCUUCCUCAGCAACCACGGUGGCAGCUCCAGGGGCACCCAUCGCUCACCCCGCAGCUUCCUGGCCAAGAAGCUGCAGCUGGUGCGGAGGGUGGGGGCGCCCCCCCGGAGGAUGGCGUCUCCCCCUGCACCCUCCCCGGCUCCACCGGCCAUCUCCCCCAUCAUCAAGAACGCCAUCUCCCUGCCCCAGCUCAACCAGGCCGCCUACGACAGCCUCGUGGUUGGUAAGCUCAGCUUCGACAGCAGCCCCACCAGCUCCACGGACGGCCACUCCAGCUACGGCCUGGACUCUGGGUUCUGCACCAUCUCCCGCCUGCCCCGCUCGGAAAAGCCGCAUGACCGAGACCGGGAUAGUUCCUUCCCCUCUGAGCCCGGGCUUCGCCGCUCUGACUCUCUCUUGUCCUUCCGCCUGGACCUCGACCUUGGGCCCUCGCUCCUCAGCGAGCUGCUAGGGGUCAUGAGCCUCCCAGAAGCCCCUGCAGCUGAGACUCCAGCCCCCGCUGCAAACCCCCCAGCACCUACUGCAAACCCCACGGGUCCUGCCGCAAACCCCCCAGCCCCUACUGCAAACACCCCAGCGCCUGCUGCAAACCCCUCAGUGCCUGCCGCAACCCCCACGGGUCCUGCUGCAAAUCCCCCAGCCCCUGCCGCAAGCUCCACACCCCAUGGACACUGUCCCAAUGGGGUAACAGCUGGGUUGGGCCCAGUGGCUGAGGUGAAGGCCAGCCCAGUGGGAGGGGGUCCCCGAGGACCUGCUGGCCCUGCCCUCGGCAGGUACUGGGGAGCAGGCUGGGAUGGCGGCCACCACUACCCAGAGAUGGAUGCGCGGCAGGAGCGGGUGGAGGUGCUGCCCCAAGCCCGGGCCUCCUUGGAGAGCCUGGACGAAGAGUGGAGGGCGCCCCAGGCAGGCAGCAGGACCCCGGUGCCCAGCACAGUGCAAGCAAACACCUUUGAAUUUGCGGAUGCUGAGGAGGAUGAUGAGGUCAAGGUGUGAGGGGCUGGGGCACGGUUCCGGGACCCACCUAGGUGCAGAGCCGGCCCCUCACCUAACAGCUGGUUCCUACCAGACCAGAGAGGGGAGAAGUCGAGUUGCCCCUAAACCCCUCCCCACCUCUGCAGGACAGACAUGGGAGGGAGGACAGGGAAGGCCAGGCUUGCUCUGGGACUUUUAUGCUCCCAGAGGCCCUGCCAAACUGACCACCUCCCCCCACUGCCACUCUGGACCUAAUAGCUCUUCCUUAGGCCCCACUCCAUGCCACCCCCACCAGCUGGAGGACCCAGCCUCACAGUGUGUCCUUUGUGCCAGACCAAGCUGCCCGUGGCGGGUGGGGGACAGGGAGUGUACCACACAGGGCCAUUGUCUCACCUCCCAAAGGGACCGCCUGCCCCCAGCUCAUCCCAGAGCAUCCCCGCUGCAACCCUGACAGCCCCCUCCCAGGCCGCUUUCCCAACAUCCCCGCCCCAGCCUCCCUCUUACCCCAGAAGGGUCAGGUAUGACCUCCCGGGGAGGAAUCCCACCUGCCUGUAUACCCGAGACUUGCCUCUGGGGCCUGAUUAAAUAAGGCUGUUUUGAUAAAA